AUGGGAAGCUGGGCCGCUGAGGUCAAGCAGGUGACUACACUUCCAGUGAGUCCCGGGAAGAAUGCGAAAGCCGCGUUCGUCAUCAUGGAAACCGUGGAGGACGCCAAGUGGAUUGUGGAAAACGUCAAUGGCAACGUGCCCCAGAACUUGACCGAUGCGGUGACCGUGGUCUUUGCCACCCCGCGGGCAGAUCGGGGCAAGGGCGGUGGCAUGAAAGGAAUGAAAGGUAAGAUGAUGGGCAUGAUGAGCAUGAUGAUGAACCCAUGGGGUGGCUGGGGCUGGGACGGCAAAGGGAAGGGCGGCGGCGGCGGCUGGGGUGGCUCCUGGGACGGGGGCUAUGACGGCGGAGCCGGCGGAUGGGAGUCGAAGGGCAAGGGCGCCAAGGGAGGCAAAGGCGGCACUACGUCUUGGCCUAUGAAGGGUGGCAUGUACUAG